AUGACACCACUCUGUGUCAUACAGGAAACUACGUCUUCCUCACGCAGCACUGCCGUAGGGUCUGCCGACAGCAGUGGUACCAUUUCCUUAAAACACCGUGCCUCCGGCGCAUACGGACAAACCAUCGUCACCGUAGCCUUGUCCCUGCGAAUCCUGAUGACCACCUUGCCCAAGUCUGACCAUCUUGGGUUAAAGUACCAACGGGGUCCCAUCCACGUCCUCAACGCAAAUACACCCCCAGGCAAG